GUCAAUUAUUUUUAAAAUCUAACCUCCAAAGUUUGUUGACAAAACUUCCAUUUUUAAUUAAUUUCAUUAAUAAUUCGCUAGGAUUCAACGUAAACUUAAUAAAAACAAAUUUGUAGUAUAAGAAAAUAAUACCUUAAGUGAUAAUGGCACAAGAUGGAAAUGUUAAAGUUACGUUUGUGUCUCAAAAAAUUAAAAAAAUACGUUGGAUACCGGAAGACUAUGCAGAAGCUCAAUGUUUUUUCACUGGCAGCUGGGACGACGAGAUAAAUGAUAUUAAAGUAUGGGUUCUGGAUUAUAUAAAUGACAACGAAGUAAAAUACCCUAAAGAAGCAUCCAAAUUCGUAGUUGAAGGUGAUGUUACCGAAAUUCAAUUCACGGGUAAAAAUGUCAUAGCAGUUUCAACGUCGGACGGAAAAGUAAGGCUAUUACAAAUAAGUGAAUAUGAAAGAAAAACUCCACUAAAAGAAGUGUUUAUCUGGAAUAACCUACACAAAAUUGCUCGGCAAGCAUGUUCAUGCACAACACUAGCUACCAUGGAGGGUGACAUAGCAUCAGUUGGUGAGGACGGCAAUAUCAACAUACUGAACAGUCGUAGAGGAGACAUCACUAGAACUAUAACAGAAGCUGACAGUUGUUCCUUACAUUCUGUCUGCUUUAUUAAGCAUAAUGAGAUUAUCACUGGUAAUUUUCGAGGUCAUAUGAAGAUUUGGGAUCUCCGAUCACCAGACAAUAAACCAACAAACUCGUUCCUUUUCGGUGGUGAUCAGUUAGCAACAACUUGCAUCAUUAAUCAUCCAACACAACCAUAUUAUAUUCUAGCUGGAAGUGAAUCAGGAGCAAUUGCGAUAUGGGAUUUACGAAUGAAUACAUUCCCUUCUGCAUUAAAAGGACAUUCUUACGGAGUAACGGAAAUGAGAUUCCAUCCGGAGAAUCCAAAUAAACUACUAACCAGUUCAUUGUCUGGAGAACUCUGGGAAUGGAACAUGGAGGCGGUGAUGAAAAAUACAAAAGCCACGGAAAACUGGAUCCCUCUACAAGAUAAAAAUGCAACACCAACUAAUACACUGUUAGAAUCUUUCAAACCACUAAAUUCUUUUGACUGUAACAAGGGUAAUAUUUUAGUUGCAGGUGAAAAUGAAGCUAUACAUUACAUUAAGAACUUUAAGUAUUAAGAAAUAUGUAUUAAAAAUUUAUAAAAAUCUA